AACUUUGUAGAAACAGCCGCUCGUUACAAUCUCUCCAUACCAUUUUAUUGAUGGUACUUGUGUUACCGUUCUUAUCAAGAGGGUCUACGGUGUAUCAUAACUUAUGGUUUUACAAUAUAUCUCGGUAGCUAUGUGUGUUUAUUUAUUUUAAAUAUUUAGGCAUAAUACUAGGCUAUAUCACGGAAGUUAUAAUAUUGAGCGCCGCGGAUACGCACUUCCGCGGCUCAGUGUUAUAAUACUGAACAUUAUAAUACGGAGGCUGAACGCUGGGGGCGCGCACUUCCGCGGUCCCGCAAGCCGCGCCUGCGCCGGCGUAAGUUCCGCUCCCGUGGUGCAUCGCGCCGGAAUCAUGGACCAGGCUGACGGCGACUUGCAGGGCACGGAGGCCUCCGGGGGUCUGGGGGGUAUCGACGUCCGCAGACGGAUCCCCAUCAAGCUGCUGUCCAAGCAGACCAUUCGUACCAAGCCUGCUGCCGCCCGGACUCUGCGGCCCACCGGGAGGCCGCUGGCCAAGGGCGACGAGGAGAGGUCGGGGGACCCCUUUGGUAACCAGGCAAAGUUUCCCCAGCACAUGUUUUGGGACCAUAAGGUGAAUUUAAUUGGUGAGAAGGACGACAUCCCCGUUCACUUCUGUGAUAAAUGCGGCCUGCCCAUACGCAUUUACGGACGCAUGAUUCCCUGCAAACAUGUGUUCUGCUACGACUGUGCUGUGCUCCACGAGAAGAAGUCUGACAAGAUGUGUCCAGGUGUGUCCCUGUACAGCUGCACGGACCCGGUCCAGCGCAUCGAGCAGUGCCUGCGCGGCUCCCUCUUCAUGUGCAGCAUCGUGCAGGGCUGCAAGCGCACCUACCUGUCGCAGCGCGACCUGCAGGCGCACAUCAACCACCGGCACGUGCGGGCAGCCAAGCCAGCGGGGGGCCGUGCCGGCCUGGGAGGAAGCGAGCCCCUGCACCCGGCCCCCGAGCUGAGCGAGCGCUUCAUGCUACCCCCGCCGCCGCCACACCUGGCCAAGCCACACCUACUGAUGGCACUGCAGCACCCCAGCCGCGACGCCUACGGCCAGCCUCCAGGGCACGAGGAUGUGCGGCCUGUUCAGGCCCCCGCCUCCGCUGCGCCCGACCUACACCCACCGCGCUCCCUGGCCCAGGAGACGUUCCGCAUCACCACGGUAACCACACGCAAGCACAGCAACCUCAUCACUGUGCCCAUCCAGGAUGACUCUGGCAGCAGCUCCUCUUCCCGGGACCCCCUUUCUCACCCUGGCCCCCCCUCCGCUCCGCUGGCCCCGCCCCCCCAUCACCACCCUGGUGACUACCCUGGCCAGCAAGUCGUGCCCCACCCACGGCCUAUGAUGCCCCCGCAGCAGCAUUAUGGGCCGCCUCCUCCCCCGCCACCGAUUAGCCACCCCAUGCAGCACCCCUCCCAGGGGUCAGGGACAGCCCACAUGGUGUAUGGUCAAGCCCCGCCUCCGCCCAUGUCAUCAGGCCCACCCCCCCUCACUCCACCGCCUGGACACAUCAUCAGCUCGAUGCCACCCUACAUGAAUGCCCCGCCCCCAGGGCCUCCUCCCCAGCAUGGGGGCCCCCGAAUAAACGUGCCUCCCCCCCUCCACUACAACCCCGGCUCCAUGCAGCAGUUCCCUGACGAGCCGGGCACACUGAGCCCCCCCUUCAGCCAGCCCGGCAGGCUCAGUCCCGGCAUGUGGCCGGCCCCCCGCGGGCCCCCGCCCCCAAGGAUGCAGGGCCCCCCGCCUCAGGGCCAGAUGCCUGGACCCCACCAUCCAGAUCAGUCUCGGUAUCGGCCGUAUUACCAGUAAAACCAGGAGGAAGCUGUCUGGUGACAGGCAUGGAGAGAUCGAUGGUUAAACUAAACCCUAACCGGGAUUUCCAGUGGCCACGCGUGGGUUCAGGCUUGACUGGCGGAGCUCAACCGGCUCUGCUCGUGUAGACUUGUAAAACCCUAAAAAUGAGGAGGAUGUUAUUUUUAUAUUGUGUGAAAAUGAUUGUUCUGUCCACGGGUAGCUUAUUUUCAAUGAAGAUCUGCAUCUAGAAUUGGGUUUUCAGUGCAUCCUGACUUUAGGGUAGGACUGCUUUCGAAUCAGUUUUGUAUUUCUGAAAAUAAAUUUUUCAAACUGUU